AUGGGUCACAUCAUCGGUCUGGGCCAACAUGAGCCUGGAUUUGGCACCGGGUGUACGGACUUGGAAUCCAUCGAGAGGCGAAACAUAUGGUGGGGUUUGAUCAUUCUAGAAAGACAAAUUCUCGUCGAAGAUGGAAGCCGAUUGAAAUAUUCAAGAACGAUCUUUCCCUCGAAUGAUGUUUUUUUACCUUCACUGCUCGACGGCCUGGACGAAGAUGGAUGUGAACGGGAUGAAUGCCCCUCACUCAUCCUGCCUAUCGUGCGUAGCAGUAAUAUCAACGCGUUCGGCCGCCAGGGUCAGGUAGCGCACCUUCUCGAACAAAUGAUGUCCGUGCUCACGAACAAGGAUGAAGACGAUGUCAAAAUUUCAACACUGAGAAAUAUCGAUAACGAUAUACAGCAAUUACUCGCCAUCACAAUGAGCGAGUAUCGAGGGCCUGGAUCUCAUUGUGGGGCUAACGCGACUGCCUUGAGGUUGGUGCAUUCUCUAGAUGUUGUCGAUGAGGUGAAGGAUUUGACACGAGACAGGACACUUUACCUCAUUCAUCAAGCAAUCUUCGAAAUAUCAACUAAGAGUACGAUGGCGAAGCCCGUAAAUGCACUGAAUUCCGAGGGUUCCUGCGCUGCCAUGGAUGCGGUUGUCAACAUGAUGACCGACGUCGCUAAAGACCACUUGAUGAAAAUUACAAAUAUCGAUCGACUUCCGCCUUAUGCGUGCUACAACUUUGAGCUGUGCAUAAAGCAUCUAGAAUCCCGUGAGAGCUACUCGGAGCACGAUUCACAUUCAAAUGGCAGUUUGAGCGAUUUGAAACAAAUGGUGGGCGCUUUUCGGCGAAGAUGGCCAAAGCGAGGCAGUACCACUUUGUGA